GUGUCCUGGAGCCUCUGCUCUGCUGGGAGGGAGGAGGGGACCACACGGGGCUAAGACGAGUCUGCUUCCCCCCUGACAACUUUGGCAACUCACUGACAGGACUUACUACACCAAUACCAGUCUGUUAGCUGCGUUUCUACAAAGAGGGGGAUGCUGGCGGUGGCUGAAAUGACGGGCAGCAUUGCUAAUGCCCUGGCCAGUGCGGCAUGUGAGCGAUGCAAGAGUGGUUUUGCUCCGACUGAGAAGAUUGUCAACAGUAAUGGAGAGCUGUACCACGAGCACUGCUUUGUGUGUGCCCAGUGUUUCCAGCAGUUUCCCGAGGGACUCUUCUAUGAGUUUGAAGGAAGAAAAUAUUGUGAACAUGACUUCCAGAUGCUCUUUGCCCCUUGCUGUCAUCAGUGUGGGGAGUUCAUCAUUGGUCGUGUCAUUAAGGCCAUGAACAAUAGUUGGCACCCUGACUGCUUCUGCUGUGACAUUUGCCAGGCUGUGCUUGCAGACGUGGGGUUUGUCAAAAAUGCCGGCAGGCACCUGUGUCGGCCGUGCCAUAACCGCGAGAAAGCUCGUGGCCUGGGCAAAUAUAUCUGCCAGAAGUGCCAUUCCAUCAUUGAAGAGCAGCCGCUGAUCUUUAAGAAUGACCCCUAUCAUCCAGACCACUUCAACUGCAACAACUGUGGGAAGGAAUUGACAGCUGAAGCCAGGGAGCUGAAGGGAGAGCUCUACUGUUUGCCCUGCCACGAUAAGAUGGGUGUACCAAUCUGUGGUGCCUGUAGGAGACCCAUUGAGGGGCGUGUUGUCAAUGCCAUGGGCAAGCAGUGGCAUGUGGAGCAUUUCGUGUGUGCCAAGUGUGAGAAGCCUUUCCUCGGUCAUCGGCAUUAUGAGAGGAAGGGGUUGGCUUACUGUGAGACUCAUUAUAACCAGCUCUUCGGCGAUGUGUGCUACCACUGCAACCGUGUGAUUGAAGGUGAUGUGGUGUCUGCUCUCAACAAGGCCUGGUGUGUCGGUUGCUUCUCAUGCUCCACCUGCAACACAAAACUCACUCUCAAGAACAAGUUUGUUGAGUUUGACAUGAAGCCUGUUUGUAAAAAGUGUUACGAGAAGUUUCCUCUGGAGCUCAAGAAAAGGCUCAAGAAGCUGGCGGAGUCGUUGGGACACAAGUGAGCUGCUUCCGGCCAAACAACCUGGAAGAGUUCCUGCUAUGUCUGUGAUGGUAAAAUAUCCAGGAGAGCUGCUCCAUAACAACAUGAGGACCUGGCGUUAUAACAGUACUACAAAUAUUAGUAAUUUAAAUCUGGGAUCCAUUUAAAAAUAUAAAUAUAUAUCAGUGUGGUGUUGUCAUAAAGGUGCCUGUUUGUCUUUUUUUUUAAUAUUCUUUUAUAUGCAAAUGUAAUUUUUUUUUAAACAUUCCUAAAUUGUCCAAAUUAGUUUUUCUCUCGUAGAAAAGACGUGGUGUCCCAGUCUAUUAUAACUUUACCAUGAGCAUGAUUGACAACUGCUAUGUCUAAAAUUGUCUUGAAUUUGAAUAGAUUGUUGUUUGACGUUAUAUGGAAUUACACAUGUGCCUUGAAUAUAUGAACUAUGUGUCUUAAAAUGCAAAUAAUGGUUAAAAUGUGACUUACAUGCAGUAAGUCGUAAGUUAUGCCUUAUUAUAUAUAUGCAUCUUAAUUAGACAGAGUAUAGACUGAAAGCAGAAUUUACCAGCCUGUUCACCUUACAGCUUUUAUACCUCAGUAGGAAUAAUUACAAUGCAACCGCUGUGGUCUUUAGGAUAUUGUAAUGAUGUCUCCUCUUGAUAACAUGAAAAAAUAGAUAACAUGUUUCAAGAAAAACUUAGAAAUGAGCCAUUACUGGGAGCAAGGCUCAUAUACAAACCAUUAAGUGUUGAUGAAUCCACUGGAUAUGGUUAAUAUCAAAUGGUGAUGAACCGGCUCAAUAGGUAAAUAUUUUAUCCAAAGAAUUUUUCCAUGACUGUUGAUUUGUCCACAUCCACAGUGAGUUGGGAGAAAAUAUAUCAGGUGGUGCUAUCAUGAUUAGAAAGAAUACAGAAUCAUCUUUUAAAGUAACCUGUAUGCUGACUGUAUAGUACUGUAUGCUUUCAGUAUGUGUGGUAGUGAAAUGUUGCUGCUUGUACUGUAAAUGCCUUGGGAUUGUUAGCCUCGUAUUUUUAGCCAAAUGAAUGUUUGCAACUUUCUGAGGGAAAUAGUUCAAAGGAAUCCAGAUGAAAUGAACCUUCAGCUGAUUAUUUAACAUGAGAACGCUUUGAUGUAAAAAUAUCAUUAAUGAGUCAGCAUAUUGCUUGGGCUGUUUGUAAACUGACAAAUGUAUUUAGAAGAAGAAAAAAAAUGCAAAGUGCUACACAUCAACAGAAAAAUAUAUUUGCUUGGAUGAGCAUUUUUAUUAUGGGACACUUUUGCAUAUGCAUAUGAGUUGUACAGUUUACUGCAGCACAUAUUAAUAAGUACAAUAUGUUCUUCUUCUGGAUCAAUAAAGUAUUCCCAAACA